AUGAGUGUUGAACCGACGCUGACUGAGUCGCCGGUGCCGUUGGCACUGACGCGGCUGCAGACGCGGCCUGGCCGGCUGCCGCGCGGGCUACGCACGCAUCGCCCGAGUCUGCAACUCGCCAGCUUGCAGGAAGCUGUUGAUGAGACUCCGAGACGAUACAGCGGAGAACCAUUCGAUACAGACGACGACGAGGCCUUCAAUGACGAUGUCGUCACUGAAGAACCUUCUAUAUCCACGUCCAACGGACGUAGGGCGUCCGAAGCUACUUUCGCAGAGCGGUACAGACAACUGUCAGAUUUUGAUGGUCCUCCCCCGGAACCUCCGCGACGAGCUUCUUUAGCUGUACCGGUAGGUGCAGAAGGAUUUGGACCUAACGACAAAGGUCGUCGACGUUCGUGGGCAGCGAGACUGCAGUUAGAACGCAAAAAAAGAAGGAAAUCAGGAGGCAACGAUACAGAUGAAGACAGUGAUAGUCCUUCGUAUGUGAGACAAAAGAGACCCUCCUGGUGGAAUGUAUUCGUACCCGAUAACAUGUUGAAGAACAGAAAUAAGGUCAGCUCAGAAUUCAAGUGGGAAUCGACACAAAAAUGGACUUCCCGUAGAAUGACUAAGUGA